GCGAUGCACAAGUGAGGACAGCCUCUGCGCUCAUAGCGCGGGAUAAAACGAAAGCUCAUGAAUAUUUGAACACCUUUUUGUCCAAGGAGGAUAAAGCAGAUGCUGCAUGCGAAGUGGAGAUUUUUGUUCACAUGCGACGCUAUGAAAGAGUCUAGGUUCAAAGAUCAAUGAACAUUUGGUCCAGAUAGGUUUAACAGCGGCACGUUAGACGUUUUUCUUUGCUCUCAAAUCAAGCCAACAAGAACAUUUCAUCCUAAAGUGCAGGGUUGAAGGUUUCCUAAGUUAAAAUGGCUCUUUUAGUCCACGUACAGACUGUCCGCGACCUUCGCGGGAAGGGGGACAGAAUCGCCAAAGUCACAUUUCGAGGUCUGUCAUUCUACACGCGUGUGCUGGAGAACUGUGAAGAUGAAGCCAGAUUUGAUGAGACGUUCCGGUGGCCAAUUCCCAGUAGAGUGGAUGAAAACGAGAUACUGGAGGUUCAAGUGUUUAACUACAGCAAAGUCUUCACCAACAGAGUCAUUGGAACCUUCAAGAUGGUUCUGCAGAAAGUGACAGAGGAAGGCCAACUGGAGGUGACAGACACACUCAUCGACGACAACAACACCGCCAUCAAGACCAGCAUUACCAUAAACAUCAAUUACACCACUAUGGAUGGGACUGUGGGGGUUUGGAGCGAUGGAGAAUUUCUGGACGUCCCGAGCGACCCGGAAGGAACGUUUCAGUUUGAGACAGACAGCCUGCUCUCCGGACGCAGCCACAGGUCAGGAUCAGUGGCAUCUCCAGGACGAUCCAUCCAUGGAAUUCCCACUUUUAGGAAUUCAAAGGAAAAGAAGGCCAAAAAGACCAGAUCUCUGACUGACACACACCAGACUGUUCUCUUUAAUCAUCUUUCAACGGCAAAAGAAGCAGGAAAGGGUGUAUUUGCAGCCAUGAAGCUUGGCAAGAACAAGAGCUCCAAAGAUGACCACAGGAAAGAUGAAGCAGCAAUACUGGAUAUGGAGGAUUUGGACAGGAAGCCUAUACGUCUGGACCCAGACUGCAUCUCCCUUGCCUCCUGCACUGCUGUGACCACUAAUGUCUCCAACAAGAGAUCAAAGCCUGAUAUCAAGAUGGAGCCUAGUUCUGGGAGGCCGGUGGAUUACCAGAUAAGCGUCACAGUGGUGGAGGCCAGACAACUGGUUGGCCUCAACAUGGACCCUGUGGUGUGUGUGGAGAUUGGGGACGACAAGAAGUACACCUCCAUGAAGGAGUCCACUAACUGCCCCUACUACAAUGAGUAUUUUGUCUUUGACUUCCACAUGCCACCUGAUGUCAUGUUUGACAAGAUUCUAAAGCUUUCAGUGAUCCAUUCCAAGAACCUACUGCGGAGUGGAACAUUGGUUGGCACCUUCAAGAUGGAUGUUGGCACAGUCUACUCCCAGCCUGAACAUCAGUUUUACCACAAAUGGGCCAUGCUGUCAGACCCUGACGACAUCACGGCGGGUUGCAAAGGUUACGUAAAGUGUGACAUUGCCGUGGUAGCAAAAGGGGACAACAUCAAGACCCCGCACAAAGCCAAUGAGACGGACGAAGACGACAUAGAAGGGAACCUCUUACUUCCAGAAGGUGUUCCCGCUGAGAGGCAGUGGGCGCGAUUCUAUGUAAAGGUCUACCGCGCUGAGGGCCUCCCUAAGAUGAACACCAACCUCAUGGCAAAUGUGAAGAAAGCCUUUAUAGGGGAAAACAGAGACCUGGUUGACCCUUACGUACAAGUGGUCUUCGCCGGACAGAAAGGCAAGACAUCAGUCCAGAAGAGCAGUUACGAGCCCAUCUGGAAUGAGCAGGUGGUCUUCACUGAGAUGUUUCCUCCGCUCUGCAAACGCAUGAAGGUCCAGAUACGAGACUCUGACAAAGUCAACGAUGUCGCCAUCGGAACUCACUUUAUUGACCUGCGAAAGAUCGCCAACGAUGGUGACAAAGGGUUUCUCCCCACUAUGGGUCCAGCUUGGGUCAACAUGUAUGGCUCUACCCGUCAGUACACUCUGAUGGAUGAGCACCAGGACCUCAAUGAGGGGUUGGGGGAAGGCGUGUCCUUCAGGGCCCGCCUCCUCAUCUCUGUCGCCGUGGAGAUCCUGGACACUGGCUCCAGUGAGAUUGUGAGCUCCACCGAGGUGCAGGUGGAACCCGUCUCCCACAUCUCAGAGAGCGCCACAGGGAAAGUAGAGGAAUUCUUCUUGUUUGGUUCCUUCCUGGAAGCCACCAUGAUUGACAGGAAGAUCGGCGAUAAGCCAAUCAGCUUUGAGGUCACAAUAGGUAACUACGGCAACCAUAUAGACGGCGUGAGCAAGACCUCGGCAGCUAAGAAAAAGAGGAAAGAGGGAGGAGGAGAGAGCGAUGAAGAUGAUUCAGAGUUGAUCCAGCAGAACUCCAGUGAGGACGAGGCGGACGAUGAUGCAGACCUUGUGUCUGUGUCCUCCACCCCUCCCAUGAAACCUGUCAUCACAGACAGAAACUACUUCCACCUGCCCUACUUUGAAAAGAAACCAUGUAUCUACAUCAAGAGCUGGUGGCAGGACCAGAGAAGACGACUGUACAACUCCAACAUCAUGGACAAGAUGGCUGACAAACUGGAGGAGGGUCUUAAUGACGUGCAGGAGAUCUUUAAGACAGAGAAGGCCUUUCCAGAGCGUAGACUCAGAGGGGUGCUGGAGGAACUCAGCACUAGCUGCAUUCGUUUUGUCACUUUGGCCAACAAGGAUCAGCACCAAGCAGGCCGAACCAAACUGGACAAAGAGAGACUCAAGUCCUGCAUGAGAGAGAUGGAGAGCAUUGGGCAGCAGGCCAAGCUGAUUCGGUUCCAGGUGAAGAGGAAUACAGUGAGAGACAAACUCAAGAUAGUUCAGAACUUCCUGCACAGGCUUCGUUUCCUUGCUGACGAGCCACAGCACAGUAUUCCAGAUGUGUUUAUAUGGAUGAUGAGUAACAACAAGCGCAUUGCGUAUGCUCGCAUUCCCUCCAAAGACGUCCUCUUCUCCAUCGUUGAUGAGGAGACUGGCAAGGACUGUGGCAAAGUCAAAGCUGUCUUCCUUAGGCUGCCUGGUAAGAAGGGAUUUGGUCCCGCGGGAUGGACAGUGCAGGCAAAGAUGGAGAUGUACCUUUGGCUAGGACUCAACAAACAAAAGAAGGACUUCCUGUCUGGCCUGCCCAAUGGCUUUGAAGAGAUCAAAGCUCCCAGGACUGCCUCCUGUCUGCAGUCUUUACCCCCCAUCAGUCUAGUCUAUAACAUGAAGCAGGUGUUCCAGUUGAGGGCUCACAUGUACCAGGCCAGAAGUCUGUUUGCUGCAGACAGCAGCGGCCUGUCUGACCCAUUCGCCAGGGUCUUCUUCUCCACUCAUAGUCAGGUCACGGAGGUCCUGAGUGAGACUCUGUGCCCUACCUGGGACCAGCUGUUGGUGUUUGAUGAUGUUGAGCUCUUUGGGGAAGCUGGCGAGCUACGAGAUGACCCACCUAUGAUUGUGGUGGAGGUCUACGACCAGGAUACUGUGGGCAAGGCGGAGUUCAUAGGUCGGACAUUUGCUAAGCCCAUCACCAAGAUGUGCGACGAGCACUACGGCCCGCCGAGGUUCCCACCGCAGCUAGAGUACUACCAGAUCUACCGCGGCAACUCUACUGCCGGAGACCUUCUGGCUGCGUUCGAGUUGCUGCAGAUUCCCUAUGAUGAUGAGGAGAUCAGGAGGGCUCUGAUUGCUGUCCAUAACUUUGCUGUUCCUCAGAUUAAGAUUGGACAAGGAGGGAGGGCAGAGCUUCCUUCCCUCGAUGGUCAUACUGAUUCUGACCGUGGGCCCAUUCUACCUGUUCCCAUGGGAAUUAGGCCCAUCCUCAGCCGCUACCGAAUAGAGGUUCUGUUCUGGGGCCUGCGGGACCUGAAGAGGGUGAAUUUGGCCCAGGUGGACCGACCCAGAGUGGACAUAGAAUGUGCAGGUAAAGGUGUCCAAUCUGCACUCAUCCAGAGCUACAAGAAGAACCCUAAUUUCAGCACCCUGGUCAAGUGGUUCGAGGUGGAUCUGCCGGAAAACGAGCUGCUUCACCCUCCUCUGAACAUCCGGGUGGUGGACUGCAGGGCUUUUGGCCGCUACACCCUGGUGGGGUCCCAUGCUGUGACCAGCCUGCGACGCUUUAUUUACAGCCCCCCAGAUAAGAUGCAACAGAACUGGGCCAGCUCAGCUAGACUGAUGAAUGGCUACAUGGUCCUGACCAAUGGGGGGUGCCAAUCUCGCCUCUCCUCCCCUUACCCCCGCACCCUGUCCCGCACCUCUUGCCCUGCAGGUGAUGUCAUAGUCAACAUGGACGCUGACCCUGUGGCCCGGAAGAUGGACACGGUGGUCAAGUUAGACGCUACGUCAGAUGCAGUUGUUAAAGUUGAUCUGAACGAGGAGGAGAAAGAAGAAAAGAAAAAAAAGAAGAAGAAAAAGAAGGGCGAGUUGGAGGAAGAAGACGAGACGGAUGAGAGCAUGUUCGACUGGUGGUCCAAAUAUUUUGCUUCCAUAGAGACAUUGAUGGAGAUCCUAAGGGCUCAGGAGGCAGCUCAGGCCGAGGCUGAGGAGAGGGAGGACCAGGAGAUCGCUGCAGAGGCAGCAGAUAUCAAAGCUGACGACCUUCUUGUGAAAGGCUCCAAAGGGAAGGAGAAGAGCCGGGACAAGAGCAAGAAGAAGAAGAAUAACAAUGCAGGAGAGGGGACUGAUAAACGGCUCAGCAAACCCAAAGUGGAUGAGCUGCUGGUAUACAAUAAGGAGCUGGAGGCAGAGUUCGAUAACUUUGAGGACUGGCUCCAUACCUUCAACCUGUACCGAGGAAAGGCAGGAGACGACGAUGAAGCAGCCCUGGAUGAUGACAGGAUCGUGGGCAGGUUCAAGGGCUCCAUGUGCAUGUACAAGCUGCCUCUGUCUGAGGAGAUCACCCGGGAGGCGGGCUUUGACCCAAACUUGGGCAUGUUCCAGAGCAUUCCACACAAUGACCCCAUCAAUGUGCUAGUACGAGUGUACAUUGUCAGGGCCACAGACCUCCAUCCUGCUGAUAUCAAUGGGAAAGCUGACCCUUACAUUGUCAUCAAACUGGGCAAGUCAGAGCUGAAGGACAAAGAAAACUACAUCUCCAAGCAGCUCAACCCUGUCUUUGGCAAGGCAUUUGACAUCCAAGCUACAUUCCCCAUGGAGUCAAUGUUGACAGUGUCGGUGUAUGACUGGGAUCUGGUGGGCACUGACGACCUCAUCGGGGAAACCAAGGUCGAUUUGGAGAACCGCUACUACAGCAAACACAGAGCUACCUGCGGCAUCGCUAGCAAUUACUCUGUUCAUGGUUACAAUGUGUGGCGUGACCCUCUGAAGCCAAGCCAGAUACUGGCAAAGCUGUGUAAGGAGGCCAAGUUGGACGGACCCCUAUAUGGCCCGGGGGGCAGGGUCAAGGUCGCCAACUGCAUCUUCACAGGCCCCACAGAGAUUGAAGAUGAAAAUGGUAUGAAGAGGCAAACAGAUGAACACCUGGCCCUGACGGUGUUGAAGCACUGGGAGGAGAUUCCCAGAGUCGGCUGUAAACUCAUCCCUGAACAUGUGGAGACCAGACCCCUGCUUCACCCUGAGAAACCCGGCAUAGAACAGGGGCGGGUUGAGAUGUGGGUAGACAUGUUCCCCAUGGACAUGCCAGCACCUGGACCUGCCAUUGACAUAUCACCACGGAAACCAAAGAGAUAUGAGCUAAGGGUGGUUAUAUGGAAUACAGAUGAAGUAAUACUGGAAGACGAUGAUUACUUCACUGGGGAAAAGUCCAGUGACAUAUUUGUCAGGGGCUGGCUGAAGGGGCAGCAGGAGGACAAGCAGGACACCGACGUCCACUACCACUCUCUGACAGGCGAGGGGAAUUUCAAUUGGCGCUUUGUGUUCCCCUUUGACUAUCUGAUGGCUGAGGAGAAGAUUGUCAUCUCCAAGAAGGAGUCCAUGUUUUCCUGGGAUGAAACUGAGUACAAAAUCCCUGCACGCCUCACUCUGCAGGUCUGGGAUGCGGACCACUUCUCCGCUGAUGACUUCCUAGGUGCGAUAGAGCUAGACCUGAACAGGUUUCCCCGUGGUGCAAAAACAGCCAAGCAGUGUUCCAUAGGAAUGGUGCAGAACGAGGCUGAUCUGCCAUGCAUUUCCAUCUUCAAACAGAAGCGGGUCAAAGGGUGGUGGCCAUUUGUGGCCCGCGACGAGAAUGACGAGAUGGAACUCACGGGUAAAGUGGAGGCGGAGCUUCAUCUCAUGUCAGCAGAGGAGGCGGAGAAAAGUCCUGUCGGUCUGGGACGCAAUGAGCCUGAUCCACUGGAGAAACCAAAUCGGCCAGACACCACCUUCCUGUGGUUCCUGAGCCCUCUGAAGGCUGUCCGCUACCUGGUGUGUAACCGCUACAAAUGGCUCAUCAUCAAGAUCAUUGUGGCCCUGCUGCUGCUCAUGAUGCUCGGCCUCUUCCUCUACAGCAUGCCGGGCUACCUGGUCAAGAAGCUGCUGGGGGCCUGAGGGGGCUGGCUUGGGGAUGCAGGGACGAGUAGCUGGCUUGGAGAUGGCCAUGCAGGGGGAUUGUAAAUCGUAGAAUAGGUGAGGGAAAAGUAGAUAAAUGGGAAGAGACAGACCCCCCGUCCCCCCAGUCCACUCUUUCAGCAUCCCAGCCUUGACACGGCCUCACCGCCACUCAAUCACUUUCCGUCUCUUGGACUAAAAGUUGAAAAAACUAAGAACUUCCAUCUACCUUUUUGCUUUACAUCAGCACAGGAGUCUUAACUAAAUGUUCCACUUCAGGAUGUUAACCCAUCUUAACUAACCUCAUCCCCACUCUGACCACUGACUACCAAUCAAACUAGAAAAUCCUGAUCUGAUCAUCUUUGAUGUUGCAUUACAUGUUUAUCUAUUGAUUUAUUUGUUUAUUUAUGAGUUAAAUUAUUUGAAAGGACAUGUUUGCUGGUAAGUCAAUUGGUACUUUUCUUGCAUGGACUUAAAUUCCAAAUAUUUUCUGUUUGGAAAUGGGUAUUACUGUAUAGGGUUGGUGUGAAAGGUUGGACAUGACGAAAUCAAAUGUUUGUUAACAAGUAUGCAAAAAAAAUUAUAAUGAUAUUGAAAAAUAGAUGUCUAUUUUCCUAGGGAUGAAGAAUACAAUCAUAACUUUUGAAUAUAGAUUGGUUAGUGAGGUAAGCUUAAUUUAGUAACACAAGUGUCUCGAAACUCUUGAUUAUAUUGAACAAAGUUGAACUCUUUCAUCACAUCCUUCAGUGACCUGGAAUGCUCUUAUUGGUUGUUACUGUUUUCCAGAAAAUGUACAGUAGGCUUAGAGACAAAAAGCAUGCAACUGUAUUUUAACUUCUCACAGUGAUUCAGUUUAUAUGGUCAUCAGAUGUGGCAUGACUUCUUUCCUACUGUAGCUUGAUUGUCAGUUACUAAGUGAUUUUGCAACUACAGGCACAUUUGGCCAACACAAACACUUUUUUAUCUGGAACCAUAAACAGGUAUUGGCUGUGACCAUUCUAUUUAAUAAUACUGUACAGUGAAUUCCCUUCCAUUUCCCACAAUAUACAUUCAGCAGCUGUCAUUAACACCACAUCAUAAAACAUGCAAUAAAUAAAAUAUUGCAUGUUUUAUAAUGUGCAAUAAACAUGCAAUAAAUAAAAUAUGCAAUUACUUAUUGAAUAAUAUGUUUAAUUGUCGUACUUGCGACGUGUUUAUCUUAUUGAGAAGAAAAGAAGAAAGGAAGGGUUAUUUUGUCUUAUUUUUUGUUUAAUACGUGUAGAUUGUGAUCAUAAUAAUGUGUAGCAGUAAUCACACUGGACGGGUAAAAUGCAUUGUAAGUUCAAAAUAACUGGGUAGACAUGUAUAGUUAAACUAUAUUGAUUGCUGUAAAGAUUUUUAUGAGCAGCAGUAUUGAGCAGGGGAAGAAAAACAUUUUGUAUUCCAAGGGUUUACAAAAACAAUUAUUCUUGGUAGUGCAGUACUGGUAAUUAUAAUUAGCAUUUUCUUUGUAUUGAACUGCCAGGCAUACGUUUUAUGUAAAAUGUGUUGAAUUCCAAUGAAAUCACAAUUAGAGUUAUUCUUUAUAAAAGUUGUGGUUAUGAAACAUAAAUCAAAUAUUCUGUCAUGCUGAGAAAGGAGGCUGGAGGUCAAAUGCAGGAGCUUCUACCAAAACUGAAACAAAACAGUAACUCUGUAAAUGGGAUGUAGCCUGGACUCCGCUUAGCAUAACUCAGUAAACAAAACUAAACAAUAGAGGGCAAAGCUAAACAAAAGUAAGGUCCAGAGAACUGCAGCUCUGAGGCAGCAUGACUGCACAAAUAACAAGGGACAUGGGGGAACAGUGUCCCCCAUGUCCCUUGGGAACCAGGUGGGAACUAGGUGUGAAAUGAUGGCGCCAGACAGCCCGGGGUAUGUUCAACAAGGGUGUGCUGUUGAGGAACGAUAUUAACUAGAAGGCAUGCGAUGUUGACCGGUACAGAGCAGGUGGAGAAGGGGGGAACCUGGACAUAUUCUUUAUUUUUUACUUAAUUAAAAGGACCAUUGUGAAGGUUGAGAUUACAUUUCAAACACUUGUUCCCCAUUGUCACUACAAAGAUCUUAUGUGAAGUUUAUUUGAAAAAACAAUGUAUAAUUUUUUUCAAUGAUGAUAAAGAUGCAAUAAUUUUAGAUUAUGUAUUUUGUUUAAAAAAUAACAAAUAGCUUAUGCACAUCACAUAUUUAUGUAAUUCUAUAAAACUUCACUAUUUUCCUGAAUCUGAAUCUGGGUGUGAGACUGGGUAAAAACACAACAAAAACAUUUAACAUUUAGUCAUACAGAAUCUACAAUCCUGUUUCCAAAAAAGUUGGGA